GAUCUUGAAUUACAGCUAUGCAUGGCUGAACUGAUUUGCCGUAUGUUGCCUGGUGAAAUGAGACAAUUGUAUGCACAAAUGUGGUUUAAGCAAUACCCGGGAUGUCGCGAUGACUUUAUCGCUAUUAGAGACGUUGAAUUUGAAACAGUAAGUACUCCCACAUUCUUCAAACAACAUUAAAUUGAUUAGCCUACUUGCUUGUAAAAGCUAUCGUGUGUUAAAAUAUUGGAUGCUUCAAAAUGUUUCUGAACUGUUUUAUUUAUUUUUCUUUGACAAUUUUGUUGGACUUUAGGACUGCCGAAAGUUUGUGAAUAACAUGAACGAAAGGCAACUUGAGAACAGAAGGUACAAAUCCACCGUUUGAUCAAUCAAAUAAUAGUGAAUAAUCUCAACAGGGGUGGAAAAAAUGGGCGAGCACUGCUCGCAGGAGAAAUGCUAAACAUCUGCAGGAAAUUCCUUUGAAUGAAGAUUUUCUAUUGAAAAUUUGAAGGAAACCUUAACACCCAUGUCCCACUAUGGGCGAACAACAGAGGUGUAACUUAACACUUUGCCCGCUUUCCCAGGGCAAGUGAAAAUAUCAUGACGUGCAAGUAAACGUUUUAUCUAACUUGCCCGAUUUGGGCAAGUUGCCUUCACAAAAAAGGUGGGCAUUAUUAAGUUUUUGUUUUCAUUGUCGGAUAUAUUUUUUAUAUAUAGUGCAGCAAGUGGUCAAAAAAGUAAAGUUACACCACUGAACAACAUAUGGUUGACAGACAUUAUUCCUUGAAUUUAAAACCUACAUGCAGAUUUAUCACAACAAUACUCCGUUGGUCUGCAGGAAAUUUUUGUCUCCAGGUUGUGCUCCCAAGAAUAAAACUUUUUCAUCAUGUUAUAGCUGUUCAUAUUAAGAUUGCAUCUAAUUAAGUGAUGCUGGAAUAGUUAACCUUCCCCCAGUUGAGUUCAGGGGGCGAUGUUGUGGUCAGGGCAAGGCCAGUUUUGGUGGAUAUUCUAUAUAUUGUACAUAUGUAUCAAUGUAUUUAUGAAUUAUUACUGUAUGACUCAUCCAAUUUAUUUUGUUCGUCAUUACAUUAGCGCAACAUUUCUUUCAAACAUUGCAUUAAAGGGUAUUUAACACGCAGAUGAAUGCUAUCACUUUUUCAAUUUUAUUUGUUACAACGUUAUAGACCCCAAGUAACACAUACAAAUUCAAUAACAAACACGAACGUUAAGUUUGAGUUAAAUAUUUACUUUCCUUUAUCAAUGACCUUUCCCAAGGGGAGGUGCAUGACUUUUUACGAGAGAUGCAAAAGAUCUUAGGGAGGUGCAAAAAGAUCUCAGGGGAGGUGGACACCUCCAUACCUCUUCUCAAAACCCUACCAUUAUUUAGGGUGAAGGGGGUUAGAGUCAUGGGUGGGGUGAGCGUCAGGUACUCACAAGGUCACAAGGUACUCUUAUAUGAUAAUAUACAUCAUAGAUUCAUGGGUAUAUAUCAUCACACGAAAGAAAAAAAACGGGUUGACAAUCAAAAUCACUGUAAUAUGUAUUUUAGUGUUCUUUGGCAAAUGAACUUACAAAGAACGCUUCGUACAACGGGUCACAAUCUAUUUUAGACAAACCCGACAAGCGUUAGGAUGGUGUUGUACAGUAGCCUAUCGUUUUUCCUGAAUUUAAUAUCUUUUCUUUCAUAGUGUUUACUCCGUUCUUUGCAAAGAAGUGUACCUUGGUUUGCAAAAGGUAAUACAUUUAGUUUGAAAAUAUAUGCUAACUAUUCUGUCAUUUAUAAUGUUCUUUUUUCUAAUUAUUCUUAAGGUGAACUGCCCCAGUGAUGAUGGCGAUAAUGGAAUGUUUUGGACUGACUUCAGUCUGGGAAGCAAAUCAAUUUCAUUUUUUGCCAUUGAUGACGAGGUAGAGUCAAUUACAGUUUUUGAACCAAUUCUGCGUCGGGAUGAAUUGUGGCCUGCAUGUCAGGCUCUAUGCUUGAAAUAGAGCCUGCUACUGAAGUCAAUAAAAAGUGGACAGUAAUUUGGAUGCACGCCCGCCCUUGUCUCCGCCCGCGCGCAGUUCUCCCGGCCUAAUUUUCCCGUCUGCAAAUUCUCCCCCCAAAAACUUGCUACGCAGGUUAGGAAGAACAUUUCAAAACUGGCGAAGCUACCAUUAUUUUGACGGUAUAAAUAAAGGUAGUUUAUCGUUAUAGUUUUCUUAUUUGUAGUCUUUUUGUUUUAGAACGACGUUUGGGAAACUGUUACGAUCAGGGAGGAUGCCGUUUUACAAACACAAAUAUUAGGUAAAUUAUAUAAUAAAUAUUAUAAUUAUUUUGUCAGAGAUGCUUUUUACUGUGUUAUGGAAAUGGGGAGAGGGGCGGGCUCUAAAGUCCUGAGCAAACUAGGAAACAUUGUUGUGGAAACAUUUGUGAUUCUCAAUGUUUCCACAAAUGUUUCCCUGUUUGCCCACGCGUGGAAACAUUAUCGCGGAAACAAAAUUUGCUUCCCGAGAAGCAAAAAUGUUUCCUAGCAAAUUCAGAAACAUUUGAUGUUUCCCUAUGUUUCUCACUAAUGUUUUCUAGUGUUUGCCCACUCUGGGAAACAUGGCGAAACAUUGGCAGGAAAUAAUGUUUCCGCAACAAUGUUUCCUAGUUAGCCCAGGGCUCUAAGAUUGCUUCCUACCAGAUCAACUUGGAUUCAUCCCUCAUUCCCUCAUCAUAUCACAAUUUUUCUGUUCUAUUUCAGAGAAGAAAGAAAGCCACGAAGCUAUUUUACUUGUCCAGCUCAAUAAACCUGCCUGUACCUUGUUGUUAUCUGUUGACCAGAGCGACGAAAAAUAUGUGAAAUUUAUUUACGACGAAAAGAAUAUCCUUUUAUUUCCUCGCUUUUUUUCGCCCAUAACGGUAAUAAAGAUGCACUGGAAGUCUCAAAUUUCAAUUCCCAACCUGCGAACUGGCGUACUCUGCCUUACGAAAUCAUAACGCCCUGAGGAGUACUACUUACUACCGCUUGGCACAACUGAAUUACAACAGCCCCAAGCAAGGCUUAUUUUAUGACUUUUUCAGUGGUCCACCAAAACUAGAAAAAUGAGGUAUUACUAUUAGAAGUACAUUCUAAAUUUCUGGGUGUUGCUACAACACCGAAAUCAUGUAAAUCAUUGCAGUUCUGUUGACACUGAUUUUGUAAUAUAUAUACAGAAUGAGCGGCCGUGUUAUAUUAGGAUAGAGUUAUUUUAAAAAUACAUCUGCUAGAUCGAGUGCUGUAGAUGCCCUUUUAAGCAUCAAAGAAAGAAACUCUUACUCUGAAAUGUCACAACCAUCUCAAAUUGACAGCGUUGUUUCUAACUUGUUCUUGUAGUUUAAAUGGAAAAACAUGGUCGCGAGUGAUUCUAGCUUGAUCAAUAGACUGUGUUCUGCUUAA